GUUAAGACUAAGUACGGUCCGCUUGUUGUCGAUGUCUACUUAACUCUGGGAGGGUAGAGAUCUACAGAAGGGAACGACAUGACCACGUAUCUGGCCAAACUGCUGUGUUUUAGCGUGCUGGGCGCCAUCGCCACUUACGUCGAAGGACAAGAUGUCGGCCCGGUUGGGACCACCCUUGACCCAGACGUCGCUGCAAAGAUCGCCAACAGCCUGCCCACCCUGUACAACCUGUACGUGGCACUGAUCGCGACGGGGGCGUUCCUCGUCCUCGCCGUCACCGUCAUGGUCAUCAACCACUUCAGAUACGAGAACCGACAGGCGAGGAAGGCCAGAGCCGGGGGAACGAUGCAAGACGACGUCCCGCCAACUACGAACGACGAGCCCGUACAUGUGUACGACAAUAUCGGCAUGGUUAACGAGAGGCCUGUAGAGGUCACCCAACUUUAGAGAAACUCCGGGGAGCUGAGAAGCUGUCACAGUAUAUAGUGCAUCGUGAUUUUAUACCGCAUGUGAAGCAUUUUCUCAGUCUGACAUUUCAUGCUUCUCAUGCACAUUAUCGUAAAGAAACGAAAGAUUAAAUCAAACCAAUGUUAACCAAACGGAAGUUGUAUUAAAAUAUUGAUGGUAGAUCAUAGACUAGACCAGACAGGAAGGCCAGGGAAUAAAUGAGCGCCACCUGGCGAUAUUCAAUGGUACUUCGAAUUCGUUUACCGCGCCUUCAGGUUUCCACGUAAACAAUGCUUCCAUUCUAGAGAUACAUGUAAGAACAAAGGUUGGCCUGGGAUGUCAGUAGUAGUACUGGUAGUCCCGGCCACACAUUCCCCUCACGUGAAGUAUCGGGGAUGGUACAUUACUAUCGGAGAUAGCGUGGACAGGUCGCUAUGUGUCAAGAAGUAUG